CUGAGCGGCCUGAGAGCCAGGAUGGAGUCCAAGCGGAAGGCGCCCGUGGUGGGGGCUGAUGAGGGGGACCCUGCUCCGGCCCCAUGGAAGCGGCCCAAGGGGGGCGACUGGGAGGUCGAUGGCCCCUCGCACUUCGAGGAGGAGCUGGCUCUGCUGGACGAGGUGGAGGCCGAGAUGGCGCUGGAGAUGAAGGAGUCGCAGCCGGCCCCUGACACGGUGCUCCUGGGGAGCCUGAUCUCCUCCGUGGGGAACCCCAAGUGGCAGAGGCCCCCGGCCCCCAGGAUAAACCCUACCCAGGACGCGCUCUGCUUCCAGCAGGUGGAGCUGGACUACUACGUGGGCGUCCCUGUGCCAGGUAUGCCCGGUGCCACCCAGGGCCCGGUGCCCAUUCUCCGGAUGUUCGGCGUCACCGCAGCCGGGAACAGCGUCUGUUGCCACAUCCACGGCUUCGCCCCCUACUUCUACGUGCCCGCCCCGGCCGGCUUCCAGCCCCAGCACCUGAGUGACUUCCAGCGGGAGCUGAAUGGGGCCGUGCUGCGGGACCUGCGCUCCAACCGGGAGGGGCUGAGCCGGGCUGUGCUGGCCGUGGAGAUGUGCAGCAAGGAGAGCAUGUACGGGUACCACGGGCAGCGCCGCCUGCCCUUCCUGAAGGUGACCCUGGCGCUGCCGCGGCUGGUGGCGCCCGCCAAGCGGCUGCUGGAGCAGGGGCUGCGCUGCGAGGGGCUGGGUGUGCUGGGCUACUCGGCCUAUGAGGCCAACAUUGACUUUGAGAUCCGGUUCAUGGUGGACCGGGAUGUCGUGGGCUGUAACUGGAUUGAGCUGCCCCCUGGCAAAUACCGGCUGCGCCCCGAGCAGCUCAUGGGGGAGCCCCCCAAGGAGCUGGCCAAGGCCUCGCUGUGCCAGCUGGAGGCUGAUGUGGGCUGGGCAGAUUUCAUCAGCCACCCCCCCGAUGGCGACUGGCAGGGCAUCGCCCCACUGCGGGUACUGAGCUUCGACAUCGAGUGCGCUGGCCGCAAAGGGAUAUUCCCGGAGCCGGACAAGGACCCGGUGAUCCAAGUGGCCAACAUGGUGCUGCGUCAGGGCGAGCGCGACCCCUUCAUCCGCAACGUCUUCACCCUCCAGAGCUGCGCCCCCAUCGUGGGCUCCCAGGUGCUGUGCUACUCCCAGGAGGCCGAGCUGCUCAAGGCCUGGGCGGAGUUUGUGAGGAUCGUGGACCCUGAUAUCGUCACCGGCUACAACAUCCAGAACUUCGACCUGCCCUACCUGCUGCAGCGUUCCCAGACCCUCAAGGUAGCGUGGACCCUGCCCCCCAUUGUGCUGCUGCGCGAAUACAAGCUGCGCUCGUACACCUUGAACGCCGUCAGCUUCCACUUCCUGCAGGAGCAGAAGGAGGACGUGCAACACUCCAUCAUCACUGACCUGCAGAACGGGACGGAGCAGACGCGCCGGCGCCUGGCCGUGUACUGCCUGAAGGACGCCUACCUGCCACUGCGCCUGCUGGAGAAGCUGAUGUGCGUCAUCAACUACAUGGAGAUGGCGCGGGUCACCGGGGUGCCGCUGGGCUACCUGCUCUCCCGGGGCCAGCAGGUCAAGGUGGUGUCACAGCUGCUGCGCCAGGCUAUGAAGCAGGAGCUGGUGAUGCCCGUGGUGAAGUCGGAAGGGGGCGAGGACUACGCCGGUGCCACGGUCAUCGAGCCUCAGAAGGGGUACUACGACGUGCCCAUCGCCACACUGGACUUCUCCUCCCUGUACCCCUCCAUCAUGAUGGCUCACAACCUGUGCUACACCACGCUGCUGCAGCAGGGGGCGCCGGAGCGCUACGGCCCUUCCCCGCCCAUCUCCCCAGGCUUCCCUGAGGAGUUUAUCCGAUCACCCACGGGCGACCUCUCGAAGGCCUCUGUGCAGGGGCUGCUCCCCGAGAUCCUCGGCAGAACCUGCCUGGCCCCACCCGCAAGAGUAGAAGUGGGCCAAAGGCGGAGCUGCACGGGAGACCGACCCUCCAAGCGCAGGUGGCUGGACGGCCGAGCUGGCGCCUCAGUCAGCGCCAACUUCGGUGUAAACGGCUUCACCGGGCCAGGUGGAGCUGCCUGCCUGGAGAUUCUCCAGGGUGACCGGGGUGGGUGUAUGGGGACACGGACUCGUGAUGUGCCGCUGGGGGCCUCGUGGCGGAGGCCAUGGCGCAUCGGGCAGCGAAGCGCCACCUGGGUCUCUGGCACUUCCCAGCGUCCCCCCCCCAUCAAGCUUGGAAUUCGAAAGGCAAGAGAGCGCUCGGACCGGCCUGUAUAUCUCCUCCAGCGCCGCGCCCAAGACGACACGAUGGACUGCAAAGGGCAUCAGACCGUGCGGCGCGACAAACUGCCCCCGUGGGUGCCAACCUCAUCAACACGCUGCCUGCGGAAGCUGCUCAAUCCGACAGGGACCGGCGGGCGGGUGGCCCACGCCAAGGAGGAUGACUCGGACCUGCUGUGUAACCGGGUGGACAUCUCCCAGCUGGUGAUCAACAAGGAGCUACCCGCACGGGCCCACGAGUACGAUCCGCCACAGGCCACGUGGCUGCGGAGAGCCCAGCGGCUGCCCCACCUCCCACCAGACCUGCUGGUGCCCCUCACGCCUGACCCCCAUCCCCUGCGGGCCGCAGCUCUGUGCCAUGCCCUCACGAUGCGGCGGCGGGAUCCGGGCAGCGCCCCCAGCCUGGGCGACCGCGUCCCCUACGUCAUCGUGAGCGCGGCCAAGGGGGUGGCGGCCUACCUGAAAUCGGAGGACCCCAUCUACGUGCUGGAGAACAACAUGCCGAUCGACACCCAGUACUACCUGGAGCAGCAGCUGGCCAAGCCCCUGCUGCGCAUCUUCGAGCCCAUCCUGGGUGAGGGCCGGGCCGAGAGCGUCCUGCUGCGAGGGGAGCACACGCGCUGCAAAACCGUCCUCACCUCCCGGGUCGGGGGGCUCAUGGCCUUUGCCACCAAACGCAGCACCUGCCUGGGCUGCCGGGCCAGCCUGCCCCACCACGGCGCGGUGUGUAAGUUCUGCGUGGGGCACCAGUCGGAGCUGUACCAGAAGGAGAUCUCUCAUCUCUCGGCGCUGGAGGAGAAGUUCUCUCGGCUCUGGACCCAGUGUCAGCGCUGCCAGGGCAGCCUGCACGAGGACGUUCUGUGCACCAGCCGCGGACUUGCCCCGAUCUUCUACAUGCGCGCAAGCAACGGUGCAGAAAGACCUGGAUGACCGGAGGCGGCUGGUGGUCGAUUCGGGGGCACCCCCACGUAGUGACUGGGCGCCCCCCCGCUGCGGGGGCAGGACACGGGGGGCUUCAGCCCUCCCUCGCCAAGGUGAGGUUCCCCGGCGGGCUGGGGGGGGAGCAUCGACGAGCUUUUGUAUUUUUAAUUUUCUACCUGG